AUGGCCGCCUCCCAGCUGGAAUGCCUCGACGGCGACGUGGGGGUCCUGGGGGGCUUCGGCGGUGGGGGGCCUGGGGGGCCGGGGGCCCUCGGGGGGGCCUCCGCGAGGCGGCGCGGCCGCUCGCGGCUCUCCGAGGCGCAGCGCCUGGCGCUCGAGGCGCUGCUGCAGGGGGGCGAGCGGGCGUACGGCGAGCUGGCGAGCAAGGAGAACCUGCGCGCCUUUCUCUCCGAAGGCGAGGUGCGCGCCCUGCUGCGGUCGGCGCGGCACGGCGACCCGGGACUCCGGAAGAGGCCGUCGGCCGGGGCCAACGUGACGGCCGACGCCGGCGAUGGAGUCGGCGGCGGCGGCGCUUCGACGGGCUCCCUCACCUACUGGCCCGAGCGCUCGGAGCGCGACGCCCCCGACCUCGACCUGGGCUGGCCCGGCUCGAGCGCGUACCGCGGGGCGACGCGCGUCACCGUGAGCGCCCACCCGGGCGCCGACGACGGCGCGCCGAGCCCCAAGGAGACGGUGCGGGAGCUCGUGCAGGGCGCCAAGCAGCUGGUGGCGCUGGCCGUGGACGAGCUGACGGACGCGGACGUGCUGGGGGACCUGCUACAGGCGGCGUCCCGUGGUGUCGCCGUCUAUCUGCUGCUGGACGCCGGCGGCGUGGAGCCCCUGCUGAACACGAGCCGCGCCCUCGGGGUGGACUUGAGCACGCAGAGGAAGGUGCGCGUGCGCUCACUGGGCGGGCUGGAGUUCUGCUCGCGCUCCGGCGCGCGCCUCCCCGGGCGCAUGGCCCACAGGGUCAUCCUCGUGGACGGGGACAAGGCCGCCACGGGCACCUACAGCUACACGUGGUCCUCAUCGCACCUCGACCGCCACCUCCUCACCGUGCUCUCGGGCCAGGUGGUGGAGGCCUUCGAUGUCGAGUUCCGCACUCUGUACGCGCAGUCACGGCCCGUGUUCGGCACCGACUCGCGUCCCACCGCCGCCGCCGCCGCCGCCACCACCACCAACGACAACGGCCGACCGGGGCCCGGCACGCGGCCCGUCUACCCCAUCACGCCGAAGGCCAUCAACCUGCCCAUGCGCUCGGCGGCCAGCCCGCUGUACGCGCUCGUCAAGGCCGGGGCGGCCAAUCGGGAGGCCGCGGCCGCCGCGGCCGCCGCCGCGGCGGCCGGUGCCGGAACGGCGGCCGCCGACGCGAAGGACUCGCCGGGGAAGCGUCUGCUGGAGCAGAAGGACGCGCGGAGGGACCAACACCAUCAGCAUCAUCAGCAGCAGCAGCAUCAUCAGCAGCAGCAUCAUCAGCAGCAGCAGCAUCAUCAGCAGAAGAUGACGGAGGUGAACGGCGGAGGCCGCGGCCAGGACGUCACGGACCACCUGGGCAUCCCGGACUGCGUGGAGCGCCACAAGAUGGAGGCGUGCGUCUCCUUCGAGGCGGAGAAGGAGAGCGCCGACGCCGCGAGCCUCUCCCGGGACGCCGCGGUUGCCGCGGCGACCCCGGGCCGCCCCCCUCCUCGUCCGGCCCCUCCCGUUCCGCGUCUUCCGUCCCAGGCGCUCAGCUCGGCCGGCGAGGCGACGCGCGACCCCCUGGCCACCUCGGCCGCAGGGAUGCGGGCCGCCUUUGCCAAGUCGGCCCUGGACCUGCGCCCUGUCGGGAAGGACGACGGGGAGGAGGAUGGUGAGACGAGAUCGCAGGAUCGCCUGGACGGGACCCCCUUGGCGAGACAACAGAAUCAGCAGCAGAAUCAGCAGCAGCAGAAUCAGCAGCAGCAGAAGGAUCAGCAGCAGCAGAAGGAUCAGCAGCAGCAGAAGGAUCAGCAGCUGAAUCAACAACAGGUGGUAAAUCAGCCAGCACCACAGCAGCAGCAACAGCAAGUUCCAAAUCAGCAGCAGCAAGUUCCAAAUCAGCAGCAGCAAGUUCCAAAUCAGCAACAGCAGCAACCAGUUCCAAAUCAGCAGCAGCAGCAAGUUCCGCGCGGCGCGGCGGCGCUGGUGGAGCGGCAGCGGCGCGCGCUGCGCGCCCACGACACGGGCCGCUGGAUCGAGACCGAGGCGGCCGCCGCCCCUCCCAAGGACCCCAAACUGUCGCGGAGCCUCGGCGAGCUGCGCUCUCCCACGGAGGUGGCCGGCCCGGCUCCCCUGGCCCCAGCGAGGCCGCCGCAGCAGCAGCAGCAGCAGCAGCAGCAGCGGCACGAGGAGGCCACGACCGCCGCCACGAGGCCGCGCCACACGGAGACCCGCUCGCGCUUCGCGCCGCGUUGCGCCGCCGGGCGCGGGACCGCGGGGACCCCGGCGGGGUCCCGCGGGGACGCGCCGAGCUCCAGGACCCCGCGGCUGCAGGCGGCGCGCAGCGAGGGGACGCUGUGCGAGUCGGACGAGGAGUUCGUGCGGGGCGGCGGCGGCGGCGGCGCGCCCGAGAGGCCCGGCGCCUUCCCGCGCCGCCAGUCGGCGGCCGACCUCUACUACGAGGGCCUCGUGCGCUCGUCCGUGCAGUCGCGGCGCCGGCGCGCCUCCACGCUGCUCACCAAGGUGCUCUCCGAUCCCAACCUCCUGGACGGACACGGGGCCGCCUCUCGCCUCGCCCGGGAGGGCGGCAGCGUCCGGGAGGGCCCCGCCGCACGGCGCCACCCGGCGGCCGGGAGCGCGGAGCCUCCCUCGGCCGCGUGGGCCCGGGGCGGCCGCGGGGGACCGGAGGAGGAGGAGGAGCCGGCGGCUUCCUCGCGGUGGAGCCGAGAGGCCGAGGAGGCGCGUGCGGCGGGCUCCGCCGUGCUCACUGCCGGCAUGGUGCACCAGGCCAUCAGGCGCACCAAACAGCGCUACGAGAGGGCGUCGCUGGAGAGGCGGGGCACGGCGGGCGCCCAGCGGGAAGGGGCCGGGCCGGCGGAGGGGCCCGACGGGGAGGGCGGCGCCUGCGGGCCCAGGGCGGAGGCCGCAAGGGUUCCGAGCCUCCUCCUCGGCGCCGUCAACUUCAGCACCGUGGACAGCGCCCGGAGUUUCAGCACCGUGGACAGCCCCAGGACGGACAGGACAUGGACACUGAGCACCGUGGGCAGCUCCAGGACGGACAGGACAUGGACCAUGAGCAGCGCCGUGGACAGCCCCAGGACGGACAGGGCAGGGGCCAUGAGCAGCGCCGUGGACAGCCCCAGGACGGACAGGGCAGGGGCCAUGAGCAGCGCCGUGGACAGCCCCAGGACGGACAGGGCAGGGGCGUCCCGCGUCCGGGCCGGCGCCGGGUCCCGCAGCGGCCUGGACAGCGCCUCCACUCGGCCCGCGGCGCCCCGGGGCCCGAGGGAGCGGCUCGCGACGGCGGAGCCGCCCGCCGACUCGACGGGCGGCAGCGGGGAGGAGAGCGCGGGGUGCGGCCACGACAGGCGGGGCUCGCGGGGCACGGUGAGGAGCAUCGCCACGAUGUUCGAGGGCCUCUCACGGCCCGCACGCCGGGCCCGGCCGCUGUCGUCGGCGCCGAGCGACGACACGGACUCGGGCGGUGGAGCGGCGCCGGGUGGCCGCGACGGGAGCGUCCGCGAAGGGGGUGCCCGGGACGGGGGUCCCCGGUAG